AUGGCCCCUCAUUCAUGUACUAAGGAGGCCAAUGCUAAUUAUGAUGGUGACGCUUGCUCAUUACUUAUGUCUGCCUAUAUUCUUGCUGGUCUCGCUAUGAUGCUUAAUAUUAGGCUUUCAUAUAGUUCAGCUCCAUAUGCUCUUAUUAGAUUUGGAUUACCUGAAAAUUUAUUCAGUGUAUUUGUUAGAAGAAUGGCUAGUGCUUUGGAACUUUGGUGUCUACCCAGCAUGGCAUUGGGCAACGUAAUGGACCUCUGUUACAAAAAAGCAGGCAGCGAGCCCGACAAACAAAAGAAAUUCUUCUGGAUAAUUGUUCCUUCCAUAGUUACUCAGUGGUUAAACUUCCUCACGUAUGUAUUACUACUAGUUGUAUAUCUUAUGGGUGGUGACCAGGGUCGCUUAACUACGUUUUACUUUGUGAUAGCAAUAUCUGGCGUUGUGUUUGGUAUAAACAUGACGCUGGUUUAUUCUGCAGAUUUUUACUAUAUACCUGUUUAUAUUGCUGGUGAGAACUGUUUUCCAGCACUCACAUCAUUCAUACACUAUCUAGCAACACUGAUCUUUGGCAAUCGAAGGAAAUGGAACAGUGACUACAUCAUAGUGUAUAUUGACAUUGGGGUUGCAAUCAUAAUCUCAUUUGUGGCGGCUGUCGUGUGGACAGUAGGAUAUCUAAUUGAGCAUGAUACUGCCACUGGAUACGAUCAGAUGUACCACAUUCAUGCAAAUACAUUCGAUGGAAAUCUUAAUUGGUAUCAGAUCUCACCAUUCCUCAUGAUAGUUGUUGGUAUGGGUCUAGUCUAUGCUAUAUAUCCUGGUAUUGCACCUGGUAUGAUUGUACCCUUCUAUCUAAUUGACAAGAUUGAAAUGGGACUCUUAAUUGCCACCAUAUUCCCACCAGUCAUCAUAGCUAUCCUCAGAAUACGUGCAAAGUCUUGGUCACCUCAACACAACAUAUACCACAAAGGUGGUGAUGCUAGAAAUGGUUUCCAGCUAUGGAAACCAUACCAACUCCACGUAGCAUCAGGAUCAGCAUGCGACGACGCUGCUGAAGCCAAACCUGAAAAUCAGGUUCAUGCUUACCUAUGGCACUUCUUUGAUAUCCUUUUCGUUAUCAAAAUAAUACUUGCCGCCAUAUUCAUAUAUUCACUUCACUAUAGAGAUAGUGGUUUAUCUAGAUCCAUUGUUAAUCAACCCAAGAUGUCAACUUUUCUAUCCAUUACAUUUUAUAUGUGCCAUGAGAUUCUGUUGGCUGUAGGAUUUUCAGGUUUCAUAGGUAAUAAUGGAGGUGACUUGAUAUUGAUACCACAAUACAUUGGAGCUUUGUUUAUGAUCUUUUUGGCCUUCUACAGCGAGGGCUACAUCAUUGAAUACAAGAGUCAUAACCCAGCCCACAGGUCGACAACCGGCAUGACCCGGUGGAUUCCGUUCUGUUUCUGGGUUAGUGUGACUUGUAAAAUAAUAUAUCCAAUAUCAAGAAGGAGUUCAACAAGAAUAUAA